AUGCAGCCCUUGUCCUUGUCCGUUGCUGUCCUCAGCCUAGCCAGUGCUGCCUCGGCAACGAAUCCCAAGACCACCAUUACAGCAACUGCAACGCGUACGACCACAGUCUAUGCGGCCCCAACUCCAGUGACGAAAUGUGUAACCACUGUCACCGUGUCCACCUGCAUGGCGGGAACGACGACAGUAUAUAAGACGAUUGCUGCGGUUCCCUCGGAAAUUGACUGCAAGGGCUGCAAGCUAUCUGUGGUGACGAAAACACACGGAACGCUCAAGCCUACCGUCACUGUUACAAAAGACUACACGCUCCAGCACCCACCAGUUUGCACGACUUUGCCUAAGCCGCCAACGUACACCAACCGUUAUUACGCCCGCAAGGCAAACCGAGCUUAA